CAAAAUGGUAAGUGUACACAAACGCUGAGUAAUUCUUGUCAUAGUGAGGCCGGUGCCAACCAGUUACCGUAGUUUGCUUCUGUCAUAAUGGCUCGUCGCUAUGAUUCUAAAACGACCAUCUUCUCCCCGGAGGGAAGGCUGUACCAGGUGGAAUAUGCAAUGGAAGCCAUUGGUCAUGCUGGUACCUGUUUAGGUAUUCUGGCAAAUGAUGGUAUUGUGUUAGCUGCUGAGCGUCGGAACACCAACAAGCUCCUUGAUGAUGUGUUCUUAUCUGAUAAAAUUUACAGAAUUGAUGCGGAUAUGGCCUGUUGUGUGGCUGGUAUCACUUCUGAUGCUAAUGUGUUAACAAAUGAACUUCGUGCUAUUGCACAGCGACACACUCUUCUGUUUGGUGAACCCAUCCCUUGUGAGCAGCUUGUUAUGAGACUGUCUGACAUCAAGCAGGCUUACACACAAUAUGGAGGAAAACGACCAUUUGGAGUAUCAAUUCUAUAUAUGGGUUGGGACGGUCGUCAUGGGUACCAGCUUUAUCAGAGUGACCCGUCUGGGAACUACUCUGGUUGGAAGGCCACAUGUAUUGGCAAUAGCAGUGCGGCAGCUGUGUCCAUCCUGAAGCAGGAGUAUAAGGUGGGUGAGACAGACCUGCACCAAGCCCUCUUGCUGGCUCUGAAAGUCAUGAGUAAGACUCUAGAUAUGACAAAACUAAAUGCUGAGAAGCUGGAGUUUGCCACACUUGUUAGGAAGAAUAACAAAACUGUGAUUAAUGUUAUCUCUGUGGAUGAGGUAAAGGACCUAAUUAAGGAACAUGAACAAAAAGAGGCAGAUGCUGAGGCAGCCAAGCAAGACAAGCAGUCAGGUGCAGGGAAAUCAUCAGACAAGAAGUAACAAGAGUAACAGUAUGAAUCACCAGUGCAUUGAGUAUCAUUUAUAGUCCUUUAUUCUGAGGAGCAAAGCUUUAGCUAUAAUCUUGUAACUUAUUUUUGUGAGUUAUACACAAGUUUAACAAUGUUGAUCUUUUUUUCAAUGUUAAUGCUCAUUAUGCAUCUGCUUAUGAUGCAUGACAGAUUGUAUGAGAAUUAGUUAUAUUCUUCAUAUGAUGAAAACUUUUAAUAAAAAAUUACAAUAAAA